GUAACAACAGUAACAGUAACAACAGGAACAAUACUAACAGUUAUAGUAACUAGAGAUAUGAACGCUUUUGAUCAGUUAGCUGCUGCUGAUCCUGUCCUGGCAAGGUUCAUCGAGGGAGAGACACAGAAACAACGCUUCCAGUUGCAGUAGAAGAAGCAAGAAGAGAGUUAGCAAAAAGUAUUGACUACCAGCUAAGAUGGAAGACACUGCUGGGGACUGCACAAAGACAGAUGAAGGCGACACAAGUUCAGAAAAGGUUACAGCAGAGAAGAAGUCCCAGAAAGACUCCAGACAACGCAAGAAGCAUCUUAUUCAUCAGAUAACAGCACAAAUGGAUUUCUACUUCAGUUCUGCCAACAUUACUAAAGACCCAUUUAUGUUAAGUCUGUUAGAAGAUGGUCCGUACAUUAACCUUGAGACAUUUUUUAAGUUUAACCGAAUUCGCGCUCUAACAGAUGAUGUAAAUUUGUUAAGGAAGGCUGUAAGUAAAUCAACUUUGUUGAAGCUGUCUGACGAUGGACUUAAAGUAAAGAGAAAAAAUGAAAUUGAAAGAAAGGAUAAUGAAAUAGAAUGUACAAUUUACAUUGAGAACAUUCCGUCUCAUGGUGAUCAUGAUUGGAUUCGUCAAGUGCUUGCACAGUAUGGUACCAUAGAUUAUGUAUCCCUUCCCCGUUAUCGCCGCUCAGGGAGGCCUAAAGGUUUUGCUUUUGUCGAGUUUAAAACCCCCGAAAUGGCUAAUUCUGCAUUAGAAGCAUUUGGGGCCUUAGAAUGCAGAAUUCCAACAACCAUUGAUCCUUCCCAGUUGCAGAGUAUCAAAACAUAUGAGGGUAAUGUUGAAGAUCAACUAAGCACACAUGAACAGACUUCACCUGGCACUUUCAGUGGUAUCAAGAAGCAAAACAUAGUUAAAGACUGUGAAGAGGAUGUAAAUCUAGAAAUGAAGGCAGAAGUAGAAAAUGAAAAGGAUAUGCAAGUAGGUGAAGGAAGGAGGGUAGAAUUUAGUAAAAAGAGGAAGAAGAUUGAGGAUGAAGAGGAAGAUAACAAUUGCGAUUGUGAUAGUGAUCAGCCUAGCAGAAAAAGGAAGUUAGAUGUUACUGUUGAUGAUACAUCUUUAAUCACCAGUACUGAAAAGGAAGAAAACCCUAUAAUGGAAAGUGUGUCAGCUGUAAGUAGCAAAAAGAACAAGAAAAAGAAACGUAAGCGAAAUAAGAAAGAAAAGGAAGUAGUAGUGGAAAGUAUUUAUUUAAGGGUUAUGUCGAAAGAGGAUUGGAAAAUGUUGAGGAAUCAGUAUCUUAACAUGCAGCGAGAGAAUAUGAAAUCUCUGAAGAGGCAGUUGCAAGCCAGACGUAAUUUACAAAGCGAUUAUUCAGACUAUUGUAAUCCAAAUUUUAUUAAAUUGCCUAAUGAAUGUGAUCAGGAUCAGAAAUUUAAUACAACAGUUGACAUUGUAUCUAAUGAAAAUCGGAAUUCAAAGCCACAAUUCAUUCCCAAUGCAAUAAUAAAAAUAAGCUUUGAGGAACCACCACAAGACCCUAAAAAGCUGUGUGAGACUAUACGUCAAGGUGGCGGUGGUGGAGUAGCAUACGUGGAUGUGAGUGCUACAGAAAGAGAUGUCUAUGUUAGAUUUAUAUCUGCGGAUGCAGCUUCUGCAUACAAAAAAGCUGGGUGCUGGAGUCGUAUGGAAGUGUUAUCUGGGACACAGGAACAAGAGUAUUGGGAUCGUAUCACUACUUGCUGGUCCCAGUUACGAAGACACAAGAACAAGCAGAGUUGUAAAGCCACGCAAAGCUACUCAAAUCAAGUGCGUGGAAGAGAAAAGUUACUACAGAAAGCUUUCAGGGAGGCGCACAAUACCAAAUUAAACUCUCACAUUAUUUUUGAAAGUUAAAGAAAUUUGGUAUCUGUAUGAAGUUUUUUAAUCAAUCACAUCAUAAUACCUUUUAACCCUUAAAAUGUGCUCGAUGUACUAGAAAGCUCAAUUUUUCAUACCUUUAAAUCUGCCACCUGCCAAUAUUUUUUACAUCAGCACAUGUCUUUGAGUCUUCUUAAAUGAAAUCAUACAUUUGAUAAAAUCUGAGGCCAGCAGGGUGCACACAGUAUAUCAUUGUAAUUUACACAGGUGAUGACUGUGUGUCCAACAUACUAGUAUGCACAAGUAAACAAUGAAAAUAGUGUCUUGUGUUUCUACCACUGUAGCUUCCCUACCAACAAACAGCAUGUGCAAGUGACAAAGAUGACUUAUUCAGUCCAAAUUUAUAACAGUUUUAUGAUACUAAUAGUGGAAUUCAGCCAUAAAUCACAUUAAGUAUAUUUAAGCAAUGUUAAAUAUACCUAGUUCUGAGGAGUAUUACACUGAAACAAUUACAUUAUUAAAUUAUUCCUAGAAGUUCAAAAUUGUAAAAAAAAAAAAAAAUAUAAAAAAGCAAUUAUACAGUAUAUAUACUGUAUACUCCAAGUGGAGCACUGCUUGGCUAAGAAUUUCAACAUGUCUGAAGUACUGCAACACCUAUAAACACAGCUAAUUAUCAUAAGAAAAAGAAAACCAAUCAUGUCAUGGCAUCAAUAAAUUGUAAAACUUAAACAUUGCUGGUACAUUUAUGCCACUUUUGCCGAAGUAAUAAUUUUUCACCAACUUCAACACACCAUAAAAUCAUAAGUUUAUAUCAGUUAAUCUCAUUUUUGUCUUAUUUGAUUCAGAAAAAUAAUAAAUGCUUUUAUUCUAUAA